CGGGUCCCGAUUCCGCGGGCCAGAACCAUAAAAGCGCAGCAUUUUCGUGGCUAUUGUCGUCUCGCCUUUGCAUUUCUUUUCUUUUCUCAAAAGCUAGUUCUAAAGCAAAGCAGGAUAGGUGCAGUGCGCAAGUUUGCCCCAUACAAACGAGAGCCACUACUCUGCAUUUUGUCUCCUCUGCUCUAUCCAAGAGAGCGAAUAAGGAGUCAAUUACCAAGACGCAGGCCAAAACUUUACUACAUUGGGAAAUUUGAACUUUGGAGUUCGUGCAGGUUUCGAAUCCAGCUUGACAGCUCCCAAAGUUGACAACCAACCUACGGAUACUUCCAAGACCGGAGGCACACGGUAUCCUCCCGCCAGGGACUGCAUACCGGUACAUACCCUACCUACGGAGUACUUUUCAACCCCCUUGGCUGCCCAUCUGGAUCAGGAUCAUUGCCAGGACCCAGGACCCCAGGACCCUUUUUUACUUUUGGAAGAAGAACAUAAAGGUCACAGGCAGCCUUCAUAUACCACAGGUUUCCCCCAUCUGGGCAAAAUCUUCAAGGUCCAAAGGAACUCGUGAUUCGCAAGGACCGACGGCACGAGACUCUCCCGACCCUACCCUACCAUACCCUCGCAAAGGUCCAAGGCAAGACAACUUUUUUUUUCUCUCUUUAUCCAGUCCAAAACGCCAGUCAAGGGAAAACCAGUGACAGGGGCAGCCGACAAGCCACUAAGACCACGUCGUAAGACCACCUUAAGCCUACCUGGGCUAGUCCCUGAUAAAGGACAGGGCCCUCUCGAAAGAGACGUGCAGUGGUGCGGUUACGGCAGUCAAUUUUUUUUACGGAGCCAAAGUAGCUGACCGCUCGGCAGUGAGCAAAAAAAGGCAGUGAGCGCACACGCAACCUGCAUGCGCAGGGGGAGUACCGCCCAGCUCCAGUCAGUUCAACCAGACCCAGGCCGGAGUAGAAAGCACGGUUCAGCCCGGCCCAUUCAGCGGCCCACAAAUUUCUCCCACUUUUCCUCCAUUACGACCUAAAAGCAGCUGCCAGUGUCGUCAUCGCUCCGUCGGUCACCUCGCUGCCAGUUUCCCACUUCCAACCUUCUUUUUCCAGAAACCCCCAUUUUACUUCUCAACAUUCUACUCAGGCACCGAAGCAAACCGCACAGAUCGCUGCCUAGGUUCGUGUAAAACAGGACUUGCACAUCGGUUUCAGUCCAGUUUUUUUCGGCCUCACCCGGCGGCAACUUUAUUUCGAUUUUUGGUUUCUGUGCUUCAGUGCGAGGCAAGAUCCAAUAUUCCAUCCCAAAGCACAAGCUUAACUGCCUAACAACAGUUCCUGCACCACGUUGUAUCUUCCCUGUGCAACGGGAUACCUGCAGCACCCUCCCGACAACAUCAUCAAUCACACAACCACUACACAACUACCACAACACACCAUGGCUAGCCGUUCCGACCGUUGGGACCGUGAGCGGUUUCAAUAUGAGCGCGACCGCGACCGCUACGGCGACGAGCGUGAACGCUAUCGCUUCGAGGACGAUGAACGUGAGCGCUUCCAGCGCCGCCCCUCCCCACCCCGGUUCCGUGAGGACUUUGGUCGCCGCCCACCUGUCUAUGACGACGACCGCGUUCGUGACCGCCGCUUCUAUGAAGGCGACGAGGUACGCUUUGAGCGCCGUCGCUACUCCCCGCCCACACGCCACCCCCUGGAUCGGGAGGACUUUGACAGGCACGUCGUCAUCGAGAAGGGUCGCCGUCCUACCAUGGUGAGGCGGCAGUCGAGCCUGGACACUUUUGAUCGGUUCCCGCGGGGCUACCACGAGCGGGAAGAGUACGGUCCACCGGCUAGACGGGAGGAUUACCGCCCACAGCCGUACAUGCCCAUCCCGCUGCCUAGGACUAGGGCCCUGCCACCACCGCGACGCUACGAACACUAUGAUGAGAUCAAGGUCUCGGAUCCGGACUACUAUGGGGACGAGGAGUACCGCAACUACCCGGAGCGGAUGCAUGAGCGAGAGAUGGUUCGCAUGAGAAGGCGCGAUCGAAGCCGGGAACGGUCCCGGGCCAGGAGCCGACGAAGCAGCUCGCGGUCGUCGAGCACAAGCAGCAGCAGCAAUAGCUCUGUCACCACAACCAAGACGGCCACCACAGUGAAGAGCGAGUAUCCCAAGAAGGGCAAGACAAGAAUCCCGUCAAGGCUGGUAUCCAAGAGGGCCAUUAUUGACUUGGGUUAUCCCUAUGAAGAAGAGGGCAACACUAUUAUCAUCCAACGAGCCCUUGGCCAGGAGAACAUCGACGACCUCCUCAAGCUCAGUGAGGACUACAAGCAGAGCGAGCUCGAAGUAGUAUCGGCUCGCUCCGAGCAUGCCGAGGUUGUGGAGGAGACAGUUGUCAAGGAAGAAGUCGUCGUGGCUCCCCCUGCCCCACCACCACCACCUCCACCACCACCUGCACCUGCAGAGCCGGUCAUUGUAGACGUACCACCUCCCGCACCUCCGCCGCCCGCCGAAGCUCCGGCACCCGUUAUCAACACUACCACAACCAUGGUAGCUGUGCGCGAUGUAUCACCCUCGCGCAUGACGACGUCUUCAUACUGCACUUCAGACAGCAGCUACAGCACGCACACGCGCGUUCCUGUUAUCGUUGACGCCGGCCCCCGCGAAAUGGUUCGCCACCGGCGCCACAGGUCGGCCAGUCGGGGAGACCUCGUGCGGGCCGAGCGGCUGAGCGACGGCCAGCUCGUCAUUUAUGAGGAGCGCGUCGAGAAGAUCGAGGAGCCAAGGCGUGGUGUGAGGAUCGAGAAGGACAAGAAAGGUAGGAUGUCCAUCAGUGUGCCGAAGUAUCGGUAAAUCGAUGCUGCGACCGUUGUCAAAGACCUCCUCCCAAGCUUCUCAGGGCCAUGCUCGCCACGCUCACGUAAAGCGUGGGUAGGCGAUUUGUCUGCCUGGAGCAGCUUCUUGUUCGAUCACGGUUCGGAAAAAAAAACACGACAACAAGUGUUGUAGCCUUCUAGAGUGUACUUUUCAUCAUAUUUGACGAUCAUAUUUUUACGACUAUGGCGAGAAUGGCAUUUUCUUUUAUUUUCUUUGGAUUGCGGAGUUGAGAAGAGGAUAAAUAUCAUGUUCAACUACAUGUUUGGAUAAUAAUCUUGGCCAGUUAUGACAUUCUUCAUUGGUUGCUAUUUUUACUUUGACCUUAAAUAUCUGUUGUUGGUAUGUGCUUGCUUUUCUCUAUGAUGAGUUUCGUAUUUAGAAAUGAAGCGAGGAGGAUUUCAAUUUCUACUAUCAAACACAAGAUUGUUAUAACGCCCAUACUACACCCUGAUGCUAUUGUUCAGACAUGGUCAGCAUGGAAACAUCUCCCGAGUCAUCAUCAUGUUCAGCGCUUGUAUGGGGCAUACGACAUAUAUUCGCUAGGCUCCGAGAGAUAACAUGAUUUCAUCGCCGCUAAUUUUUAAAGUAUUGA